AUGGAAUACACUGUUCUUUACACAGCCCUUUCGCUCUUCUUCCUGGCUUUAGCCUUGAAAAUCUACCAAUCCAAAACAACCCACAAAAAUCUUCCUCCAGGUCCACCUUCUCUUCCAAUUCUCGGCCACCUUCACCUCCUAGAACCCCCUAUGUACAACGUAUACUACAAGCUCUCUCAAAAAUACGGGUCAAUCAUCUCUCUCAGGUUCGGGUCCCGCCUUGUGGUUGUGGUGUCCUCACCAUCUGCAGUUGAAGAAUGCUUCACCAAAAACGACAUUGUGUUAGCCAACCGUCCUCGUCUUCUCCUCGGCAAGCACGUAAGCUACGAUUACUCCACCAUUGUCUCCGCUCCUUACGGUGACCAUUGGCGCAACAUCCGCAAAAUCGGCUCGCUCGAGAUUUUCUCCACGCAGCGUCUCAACAUGUUCUUAAGCGUUCGAAGAGACGAAAUCAGGCGAUUACUCGAGAAACUCUCAUGUGCCUCUGGCGAAAAAGUGGAGCUGAGGACACUAUUUUCGAACCUCACUUACAAUAUCAUUAUGAGAGAGGUUGCAGGAAAGCGGUAUGACGGAGAUGAAGUUGAAAGCCAAGAAGAAGAGUCGAGGCGGUUCAGGGAGUUAGUUGCGACGAUUGUGUCGUUGGGAGGAGUUUCGAAUAAGGAGGAUUUCUUGCCAAUUUUGAACUUGAUUAAUGGAGGGAAAUUUGAAAAGAAAGUGAAAGGGCUUGCGAAAACUAUGGAUUCAUUGUUGCAAGGACUGAUUGAUGAACAUCGGAGUAAGAGAGAGAGUUCAGAGAGCAUGAAUACCAUGAUUGGCCAUCUUCUUUCGUUACAGGAGGAACAGCCUGAGUAUUACACUGAUCGGAUCGUUAAAGGCCUCAUACUGAUCAUGCUAAUUGCGGGGACUGACACGUCAGCAAAAACACUAGAGUCAGCCAUGUCAAACUUGGUCAACAAUUCGGAAGUACUAAAGAAGGCUAGAGCUGAAUUGGAUGAUCAAGUUGGUCAAGACCGUCUGAUCGAAGAAUCAGAUCUGACCAAUCUACCAUACCUACAAAACAUUGUUUCAGAGACCCUUCGAUUAAAUCCACCGGCCCCACUUCUGGUCCCACACAAUGCAUCAAAGGAUUGUUCCAUUGGUGGUUACAAUGUGCCGCGUGACACAAUAGUACUAGUCAAUGCAUGGGCUAUUCAUAGGGACCCAAAUCUAUGGACUGAUCCAUUAAGUUUUAAGCCCGAGAGAUUCGAGAGCGGUGAAUCUGAAACUUACAAGUUCCUGCCAUUUGGGCUUGGAAGGAGAUCUUGUCCCGGAGCAGGUAUGGCCCAGAGGGUAGUGAGCCUAACUUUAGGAACAUUAAUUCAAUGUUUUGAAUGGGAGGUGGUUGCAGAAAAAGUAGCUGAAAACGCUAGUGUCAUGCAUAACGCUGCACCAUUGGAGGCUUUCUGCAAAGCAAGAACUGAUGUGACCAGGUUUUCCUUAGUUAGGGGUGUCCCUUUUUAG